UGGACAAUACCCCGAGGAAUACUGCUUGCUGUACUCUAUUAUAGUCUAUAUGCGAGAUUACGGGUCACGCCAAGAACGCCAGACCGAUCCGGCAUGGUUGAGUUGCACGCAUGUGCAAACGGGUGGUGUUGUCGUGGUCGCGAACUCGCCGCCGCAGAGAGAGGAGGGAGGGCAGGAAGGGUACUGCUGUAGUAGCACGCGCACAAAUUGAGCAGCAGCAGGACACAAUCAUGGAAGGAGCGAGUGGCGGCGCCGGAGCUUCGGCGGCCGGCUUGUCUACUAGGUAGUGCCCGUUACGGAACAGCAAACAUUCCCCAGCCGCAAGGCGCUUAGGGUGGCGGUAGCAGCUGAGCUUGCCGCCCAAGGGCGAGCCAUGAAGAAUGGAAGCGGUGCUGGCAGCCGACAGAUCCACCUUGUGUGCAAGACUUGCACAAGUUGGUCCGUGAAGGGUUGCCAACAGAGGAACGGCGACUUCAAGAUCACGAAGGUAGAGAGCUCCCACGUCGACUGCGGUGGGGGCGGGCGCACUAGCUCCGCAGUGGUGCAGCCCCUGGUGGACCAACUUGCACGUGCCAACCCCAAGAUCGGCGGUCCCGCCAUCAAGCGAACCCUCGAAACCGUGGGCUUCGCCGUCUCCGAUCGUACGUCCCAGGAGAGCCAAGAAGCGCAUCGCUACCUCUACGAGGGAGGAUGAAGCGGCUGCCAUUGCGCGUAUUCCAUCAUUUUUCGAAGGGAUCGAGCGCGAUAGCCCGGGUUCCGUUGCCACGGUCGAGAUGAGCCGCGACAAGCGGUUCGUGAGAAGCUUCCUGAUGCUGGGCAACGCCGCCUUCGUCGCCGCGCACAGCGUCCCCAAGGCGAAUAGUGGCCAUGGACGCUGGCCAUCUCAAGGGUGCGUGGAGGGGAGUCAUGUACGUCCUCUGCAUGCACGACAGCAACAACCAAAUCAUCCACGUCAGCACUGUCAUCGCAGACAAGGAGAACUCGACGAACUACAAGUUCCUGCUUGAGCACACCCUCCGGAACGAGCACAUGCGGCGAAUCCUUUCCUCAGGCAAGGUCACGUUCUACAUGCACGGCCACAAAGGAUCUCGGGCGGCCCUCGAUGCGGUUCUACCGAUAGCGCCGUGGCGUACGUGCGUGAGGCACCUCGUCACCAACAAGAAGCUGAAGGCAAUGGGAAAAGGCCCUGUUCGAUGAGGCCAUGGAGCCAGUCAAGAAGGACUUCCCGAUGAACUACGCCUACUUCAUGAACCAACCCCUCGAGGAAUGGACACACCAUGCCACCCCGAGCAAGAACGUCACCCUCAAAAUGUCCACCUCCAACUCCGCGGAGUCCAACCUUGCAGCGGUUGGCCAAGAGGUACGGCAAAUGGACCCCUACCAUCUCAACAUGAGGAUUGCGGAGAUGACUGCGGAGAAACUCGCGACGAGUGCCGAACUGAAGAAGAACAGCCCUGAUCUACUCGUUCCAUUCGCAGCCAAGUUCAUGGAGAACGAGAGGCUGCUCGUCUUAAGUAAGUUUUGGGAACCACGCCUGCCUUGAUUCUGCGGGCGUGGUUGGGUGUACAGUACGAUUCCCUCCUGUUAUUUUUGCAAAAUACAUGUGAUCCACCCGUGCUUUUUUUCUCUUGUGGCCCUUGUCUUCUUGACUUCAUAGUUCAUCUAGUUUAUUCGNUUGGGAACCACGCCUGCCUUCAUUCUGCGGGCGUGGUUGGGUGUACAGUACGAUUCCCUCCUGUUAUUUUUGCAAAAUACAUGUGAUCCACCCGUGCUUUUUUUCUCUUGUGGCCCUUGUCUUCUUGACUUCAUAGAUGGNGUUCAUCUAGUUUAUUCGGUUUUGGCUGUCGUUUUGUGUAUGGUGCACACUGUACAACCAGAGGAUGACACCUGUCUUUCAUCGACGACACAAACUCAGUUUUCGUCCGCUUUGUUCCCUUCCUUCUUCGGUUCUUGACGGCGUUUGCCCCACUCGUCGGCAGC